CCUGGAUUACACCUCAGUACCAACUCUUCUAUCUAGCAGCAGCAUCUCUUACAACAGGUAGCACAUGCACCUGCAGCAACCGGAACCGUGCAUCUUGUACAAUAAACAAAAGCCCGCACCAUCAGCCACAGCACGCGCCAGAGAUCGACGCUCCGAAUCUACCAGCCAAGCCCGACCCAGCCCCAUCUCAAUCCCGCUCUACCGCUGUAGUUCGACUUAGGCACCGAGAGAAGAAUCUCUCUACCUCUGCCCUCCUAUUCUACUCGCUCUCCUCUCCUACCCUGAAAGCAGUCUCUCUCCCACCCUGAAAGCACUCCCUCUCCCUACUACCCGCCAGUCCGGCCUGACCAACAUCCAAUACCGCCAGAAUGAGUUGGAAAGGCUUCACCAAGAGCGUCACCCGCGCUCCCCAGCAGUUCAAGCAAAAGUUCAACAUGGGCGAAAUCACAAAGGAUCCCGUCUAUGUCGAUGCUGAACGCCGCUUCGCCGAGCUCGAGACCGAGACCAAACGCCUGCACGACGAGUCGGAAAAGUACUUCAAGUCCAUCAACGGCAUGCUGGAUCACCAGAUAGAGUUCUCGAAAGCUUGCGCCGACUUGUACAAGCCCAUCUCUGGUCGUGCUUCGGAUCCUUCCUCGUACGUUGUUGACGGCAACCCCGAGGGCAUCCGCGCGUGCGAGGAAUACGAGGCCAUUGUCAAGGAUCUCAAGGCUUCGCUACAGCCCGAGCUGGAGAUGAUCGAGACGCGCAUUGUGAAACCGGCAGACGAGCUUCUCGAAAUCAUCAAGCAGGUCCGCAAAUCCGCCGUCAAGCGCGACCACAAACAACUCGACUACGACCGUCAUCGCGCCACACUUAAGAAGUUGCAGGACAAGAAGGACAAGACGCUCAAGGACGAAAAGGCCCUGUACAAGGCGGAAAACGAGGUAGAGGUGUCGACCCAGGACUACAACUACUUCAACGACCUGCUCAAGAACGAGUUGCCCGAGCUGUUCCGUCUGGAGCGCGAGUUUAUCCUUCCGCUGUUCCAGUCGUUCUACUACAUGCAGCUGAACGUCUUUUACACAUUGCACGAGCGCAUGCAGAGUAUUGAUAUCGGAUACUUCAACCUGACUCUGGACAUCGAGGCCGCCUUUGAGGAGAAGCGUGGAGAGAUUCAAGCCCAGGCUGAAGCACUGACGAUCGUGCACUUCAAGACCAAAGGACUGGGUCGUCCAGCUGGAGGCAAGUACGGCAGACUGGCCAUCGAAGGCAAGGCCAAGCCUGCAACUCCUGGACUCGCAGCAUCCACCGCUCAGCUAUCCAUCGAAGACGGCAGCACCACAUCCCCUCCACCUUACUCGGCCACCGGCUCCGCAACGACUGGACUCGCACGGAUGUCAUCAAUCGCAAAGAGCAAGCCCCCACCACCAAAGCCCAAGCCUUCAAGAUUCAGUGGCGUGCCUCAGGCAGAGACAUGUACGGCAUUGUACGAUUACGAAGCACAAGCAGAAGGCGACCUUAGUUUCAGCGCCGGCGAAGUAAUUGAGGUUGUGCAACGUACGGCGAAUGAGAACGAAUGGUGGAUUGGCAAGAUUGGCGCAAGACAAGGACAAUUCCCUGGCAACUACGUGCAACUCAACUCAUAGAUUGAGAGGCGGUCGCGUGGCAGUACUAUUCCGUAAUGUGUAGCAACAGCGAUAUGAAGUGCGCAUGUAUUGUGUGUUUCUGUGUUUGAACAGGGCAAUGGGGUUGGGG